GCGCUCUUUUCUGUCCUGUAGAGAGAAACACGUGUGACUGAACGGUUCUUACAAUCUCUCUCUUUCAGUUAUCAGCUUUACUGUAAAAACAGCCCUCAGUCAUGGUGAAGCUCGCUAAGGCAGCUAAAAAAGACGCGCCGCCGAAGAAAAAGGCACCUCCACCUCCUAAAGAAGUGGAAGAGGAAUCCAGCGAGGAGGACAGUGAUGACGAUGAGGAAGAAGAGGCACCACCAGUCAAAGCUGUAGCGAAGAAAAACACAGCUCCUGUAAAGGCAGUGAAGAACGGAAAAGCUGCUGCCAAACAGGAGAGUGAGGAUGAAGAUGACGACGAUGAAGAUGAUGAAUCUGAAGAGGAAGCUCCGCCUCCAAAGAAGGCCGCUAAAGCUCCAGCUAAAGCAGCAGCUCCUGCAAAAAAAGCAGCAGCUGCUGAAGAGUCCAGUGAGGAGGAUGAUGAUGAUGAUGAAUCCGAGGAAGAGGCCCCACCACCCAAGAAGGCUCCUGCCAAAGCUACUCCAGCUAAAGCCACACCGGCCAAGAAAGCAGCUCCUGUAAAGAAAGCUGCUCCGGCUGACGAGUCUGAGGAUGAAGAUGAUGAUGAUGAUGAAUCUGAAGAGGAAGAAACUCCACCUCCUAAAAAGGCUGCAGCGGCUAAACCUGCAGCUAAAGCACCUGCAGCCAAAGAGGAGUCCGAUGAAGAGGAUGACGAUGAGGAAGAUGAUUCAGAAGAGGAGGAAAUGGAUACCACGCCUGCGCCCAAAGCAAAGAAAGCAGGAAUGGUGAAGGCCAAGGAGGAGUCUGAGGAGGAAGAUGAUGAUGAUGAUGAUGAGGAGGAUGACGAAGAGGAAGAAGAAACCCCAGUCACUCCAGCUAAGAGGAAAGCGGAGACUAAAAAAGAGAAGGGAACACCACCGGCUAAGAAGGCUAAAACCGAUGGCGAGGGUUUCAGUCUUUUCUUGGGCAACCUGAACAACAAUAAAGACUUUGAUGAACUGAAGUCGGCAAUCUCAAAGUUCUUCUCAAAGGAGGGCCUUGAAAUUCAGGAUGUACGACUUGGCGGGACAAAGAAAUUCGGCUACGUUGACUUCGCCUCAGAGGAAGAGUUGCAGAAGGCUUUGGAGCUCAAUGGCAAGAAGUUGUUGGGUCAGCCAGUCAAACUGGACAAAGCCAGAAGCAAAGAGAACUCUCAGGAAAACAAAAAAGAGAGAGACGCCCGCACUUUAUUUGUGAAGAAUCUUCCGUACUCCAUAACACAAGAUGACCUGAGGGAAAUCUUUGACCAGGCUGUAGAUAUCAGAGUACCGAUGGGCAACACUGGCACUAGCAGAGGAAUUGCCUACAUCGAGUUCAAGACCGAGGCCAUUGCAGAGAAGGCUCUGGAGGAGGCGCAGGGCUCAGAUGUUCAGGGACGCUCCAUCAUCAUCGACUUCACAGGAGACAAGAGUCGGCAGGGUGGCAGAGCUGCUCCGUCUGUAAGUAAAGUGCUGGUGGUGAACAACCUGGCGUUCAGUGCGAGUGAAGACUCCCUCCAGAGUGUGUUUGAGAAGGCCGUGUCCAUCAGGAUACCACAGAACAACGGCAGACCCAAAGGAUAUGCGUUUGUGGAGUUUGAGAAUGUGGAGGACUCUAAGGAGGCGCUGGAGAACUGCAACAACACAGAUAUCGAGGGCAGGAGUAUCAGAUUAGAGUACAGCCAGAACGACAGAGAAAGAGGCGGUGGAGGAAGAGGAAACGCCGGACCUACGAAAACCCUGUUUGUUAAAGGCCUGUCAGAGGACACCACAGAUCAGACUCUGAAAGACUCUUUCGAAGGAGCCAUCGCAGCCAGAAUUGCCACAGACAGAGACACCGGAUCAUCGAAAGGGUUUGGUUUUGUAGACUUCGAUAACGAGCAAGACUGUAAGGCAGCUAAAGAAGCCAUGGACGACGGAGAGAUCGACGGGAACAAAGUGACUCUGGACUACGCCAAGCCUAAAGGAGAAGGUGGACGAGGAGGAUUCGGCGGAGGAAGAGGAGGCUUUGGGGGACGAGGAGGCGGAAGGGGUGGAUUCGGAGGUAGAGGAGGAGGACGAGGAGGCGGAUUCAGGGGAGGGCGAGGAGGAAGAGGCGGAGGAGGAUUCAGAGGAGGAAGAGGAGGAGGAGGCCGAGGUGGAUUCGGGGACAGACCACAAGGAAAGAAGAUCAAGUUUGAUGAUUAAAGGUUUCACUGAAUAUGAACUGUUUUCAUUGCUUAAAUCCUCGUUGUCAGAGCGUUUCUAGGACAUUCCAGAAGGUCCCGGUGAUGUACAGAGCCCCCUGUCCCCCUCGCCCCUUUAACUGUGUGAGUUCUGCAGUGUCCCGCCAUCCCUCAACAUUAAUGUGAAUGUUGUAAUAAUGCUCUGCUGGUUUAGGUACAUGUUGUACAUGCAACAGUUUCUUUUCCCAUUUCUUUUUGUUACAGUGUCUAUUCCUCCCUCUCUCCUUUAUUUCAAUCCCAAUUUUAUUUAAUUUUGUUUGUUUUUUUUUAAGUUUGCUUUAGGGUGCAAGAUUAAUGUGCAGUACCUUUUUAAUGUGCAAAGCAUAUUGUAACGUAUGCAUAAUUGACUCCUGUUUAGUAUUUAGAGAUGUAAAUCUAUAUGAAAAGAUUGAAUGGGAUUAAGACCGAAAACAGCACGUGUUUUGUGAUGUCAAAUUUAUAUGUAAACUAAAUUUGGCUUUGACUUUAGGGUUUUUCUUUUUCUUCCAGUUCAGAUUUUUUCAUGAUGUAAAGAACCAUUUUGAUUAAAUAUGGUUUUUAAACUA